AAACGAAACGCCCCUUUCUUCUUCAAAAACCGGAAGUGGUAUUCUCGUAAGAACGGCGCAUUGAUUCCCCCCACAACAAUAAGAGGGAGACGAAAAUAAACAUCACACUUGGCUAAAGAAACUCACAUUAAUCUGACUGAGGCCCGGGUUUUGGAGACACGCCGCUCUCGGUCAUGUUGUCGGAUGCAGGUCAGUGUUGAUAAGACGCUGCUGCUCUUUGCUACAUGCUAAACGUGUGACAGGCAGACAUUGUUUGGCUGCUUUAAAGAGAUUUCUGCUGUAAAUCUGUCACCACCUCUGCUGCUUUUACACACUCACUCCUCAAUUUGUAGCCAUCUACAUCAAAAUCAUACAUGUACACAACAUGCCUCUUGUAAUACAAAGUGAUACCAGUCACCUGAGAGGCCCGGUUCACCUGAUCUGCUCUGUUUUCUCCAUUGUUGUGUAGAUUACUCUGGGAAUGCCUCUGGUGCUCGGAGGGCGAAGAAGAGGAGCUCCGGGGAGUCACCUGGGGACGGACAGAACCUGCGCUCCUCCGGGAGGCAGAUCAACGUCCGGGUGAAGCGAACCAACAACCCUCCACCCGGACAGGUGAACUGCAGCACGCAGGUUUUACCUCUUUACCCAACACUCACCUCAAUCCUCCUCUGGUUUAAGUUAAUCUGAGGUCCCCAAUACAAAAACAAAACAGAUAGUUGAACAUUAAAUUACUUUGCUGUAGUUUUAGUUUAUUUAGUCAUUCACUCAUGUCUUGAUUUUAGCUCUGCAUUUGGUGUUCCUGAUCACAAAUUGAAAUGCUACUAAUUUACACCAAAAACAGAAAGCUGGUUUAAAAAUUAUUUGUUUAAUAGAAAGCAGUAUGUAUUUAAUAAUAGUAGGUUUUCAAAUAUGAAACAGUUGCAAUGUGGUGUACCCAUAGACUGUAUGCACUAUGGACAACUUGGUUCCGCCUUCCACCUGUAUACGGACUUGAAGCCGAAAAGUUCUCUGUAUUUCUGCGAUUUUUCUCCAUUUCCUGAAUCCAACAUUGCGCAGUAGCGUUGUAGGCAUGAGGCGGGAGAGUCGCCGAUACUUGCUGUGAUGACGCUCGGCUCAAACAGCGUAUCCCCCGAGUGAGCUACGCAAUCCUCGUACGCCCAUAGGCUGUAUCACGUGUCAAUCAUAGAAAACAUGAACCCCCUAAUAACUUUUAAAAAUGGAGCUGUACAGAAAAAAGAGGACUUGAGCACAAACCAGUCUGACAGUAACUACAUGUCAACAUCACAGCCAGGGGGGAGAAACAUUUAUAUUCUGUGUGAUACAUUUCUAAAGAUUAUUGGACCCCAAGAAGAGGAGCUGCACCUAGGUAGUAGCUAAUGGGGAUCCAAAUAAAUAAAUAAAAUAAAUGUCUCUGCCACCUGUCAAUCAUGGUGGGCCUGUCCACACCCAGCCCCGCCCAUUGAUCUGCCCAGGGGUCAAGGCUCUUAGGCCGUUAAAAAUAAAAUUGAGCUGAGAUUAAUGACUCCACCACACGCUCUUUUCAGAGUAAGAGAAAAGCCACAGACACCGAGGAGGAAGAUGAUCAGUCUGAGAAGAAGUACAGGAAGUGUGAGAAGGCUGGAUGCUCGGCUACGUAUCCUGUUUGUUUUGCAAGUGCAUCUGAAAGGUACCAUGUUUAUCUCAAUCGAGACAUAAAAUCUAUUUUUUUUCUGAUGUAAAUUGUUCAGACUGGAACUGAUUCUCUUUUCAGAUGUGCUAAAAAUGGAUACACAUCACGUUGGUAUCAUCUGUCAUGUGGCGAGCAUUUUUGCAACGAGUGUUUUGAUCACUACUACAGAAGGUAAAGUUGACAGAAAAGUUGUUAUUUUUUGUUAAAUGUUAUUUUUAAGAGGGUAUAUAUUUUUUUGUUUGUUUUUAAAAUAUAUACAUGAAGGUCAUAAGGUUUGUUUUUUUUCCGCCUGCAGUCACAAAGACGGUUACGAGACUUUCGCCUCAUGGAAGAAGGUGUGGACGAGUAACGGUAAAAGUGAGCCCAGUCUUAAAGCUUUCAUGGCAGAUCAGCAGCUACCAUACUGGGUAAAAACAGACAGCUUCACUUAACCCUCUCAUUUUUAAGUCCAUUCUGCCACUAAAACAGGAAUGCACCUUAUGAUUUGCUGGUUUCAGGUUCAGUGUACUAAACCAGACUGCAGGAAGUGGCGCCAGCUGACAAAGGAGAUCCAGCUCACGGCGUCCCUCGCAUCCACGUAUCGCUGUGGCAUGAAGUUCAACAAUAUCAAGGUAAACAGGAAACCGUCUUUAUUCAGAGAUGAACUUUUUAUUAAUUUGUGAUGAUCAUGUGUGUCUUUGCCUGCAGAGUGAAGGACCUGACCAGUGCUCCCAACCAGAGGACCUGGUAAGACUAUUACGUGACCUUUUUUGCAGAUCUGAUGGUUUCUCAUAUUUAUUCUCAUCAGGAUUUGUUUGAUUCUCUCAGAGAGUGGCCGAGGUGACAGACAACUGGUGGUAUUCGAUGUUGAUUUUGCCGCCGUUGUUCAAAGACAGCCCGGCGAGCCCGUUCCUGACCGCGUACUACCCUGACUGUGUGGGGAUGAGUCCAUCAGGAUCUUCCAGUAACGUGUCUCUGUCUGAGCUGAGGGCCGAUCACUGCAGAGCCGUUCAACCACAGAGUGAGUUAGCGAGGGACUGAAUAUUCCAACACAGAAACACAGAUUAUCAUCCUUAAUACAGAGAGAGAUUAGCCCAAAGGAGGACAAACAAACCCGGGAGUCUGUGGUUGGGAAUGUGUGAAGUCUGUAUUUAAAAGGAAAUUACAUAUGGUCAUUAUGGUCUCCUUCAGUUCCAGGCCUGUGUCCGUACUUCCAACCCUUCUACCAGCCGAAUGAGUGCGGCAAAGCUCUGUGUGUGCGGCCAGAUAUGAUGGAGCUGGAUGAGCUUUAUGAGUUUCCAGAGUUUUCCAGAGACCCCACCAUGUACUUGGCUCUGAGAAACCUCAUCCUGGCUUCAUGGCACCGGAACUGCAAGGUACACUGCAGGAGUCUCCAUGUUUUUCACUUUUAGGUUUUUUUUUUUUUAUGGUUGUAGAAAUCACGGUGGUAAAGUGACGCUCUUUGUUUCUUUGAAGGAGGUGCUAACAUCCCAGAAAUGUGCAGAAAACAUCAUUGUGCGAGGGUUGGUGCGUGUGCGGUGUGUACAGGAGAUGGACCGUGUGCUUCACUUCAUGACCAGAAAAGGUCUCAUCAACACUGGAGUGCUGUCAGUCAAACGGCCUCUGCUGCCUGAGAAAUACUGCUCAGUGAGUGUCUCUAUCAUCGCUGAAUCACGACGCACAAACACACUUCUCAUAUCAGGAUGCAGCUUUAAGACUUCACUCCCUUUGACCUUUUUUUUUUUUUUUGCAGAGAAAUGUCAUCGUCAUCGGUGCCGGGGCUUCAGGUCUGGCUGCUGCACGACAGCUGCAAAACUUUGGCACUCAGGUAUCCAGUUAGUUCCUGUCGGAUGUUCCCCGGUUCUUACUCUUACUACGAUGGCCUGCUUUCCACUUUUUCAUUUUCUCGGGUUACAGGUGACAGUGCUGGAGGCGAGGGAGAGAAUUGGAGGCCGUGUGUGGGAUGAUGCUUCUCUGGGCGUGACUGUAGGUCGAGGAGCUCAGAUUGUCAACGGCUGCGUGAACAACCCCAUCGCCCUGAUGUGUGAGCAGGUCAGACUAGUGCGUCUAAAACUCUGUGAAGAGAGUCUGCUGCAUUUCAAACCUGAUCUUGAGUCUGAGAUUUGUCUCAUCUAUUUUUGAUCCUCUGUCACAGGUUGGGAUCAAGAUGCACAAGCUUGGGGAGCGGUGUGACCUCUUCCAGGAAGGGGGACAGGUGACUGACCCGGCCAUCGACAAGCGCAUGGACUUCCACUUCAACGCCAUCCUGGACGUGGUUUCAGAGUGGAGGAAGGACAAGUCGCAGAGUCAGGACACACCGCUGAAAGGUGUCGGAGUAAUCAGAGUUCACAUGCAGGUCUUUUGAUGAGAGUCAGUUUCAUGACAACAUAACAGAUGCAGCUCUGUGAGUCCAUAUUACUUUAGGGAAGUGAAACUGUGGUGUUGUGUCAUCAAAUCAAAGCAGAAGUAGAGCUGAGAAAAACCCGCUGCUAACCACUUCUGCUUCCAGAGUGAAAAAAACGACAAACUUUUGGUUUUUGUGUCUCCAGAAAAAGUUCAGGAGGUGAAGAAGAACUUUCUGCAGGAGUCUGGUAUCCAGUUCAGCGAGUUGGAGGAAAAAGUGCUUCAGUUUCAUCUCAGCAACCUGGAGUACGCCUGUGGAAGCACGCUGGACCAGGUCUGUGAACCCGCUGCAGGAUCUUCUCUUGUGAUGUGUAAAAACAGACUUCAACUGACUGUUUCUGUGUUCAGGUAUCGGCGAGAUCCUGGGACCACAACGAGUUUUUCGCCCAGUUCUCAGGAGACCACACGUUACUCACAAAGGGCUACUCUGUGUUACUGCAUAAACUGGGCGAGGGCCUCGACAUCCGCACAAAAUGCCCGGUUUGUGAUUCUUUAGUCUCCUGAUUCCAGAUGUCACCUUUGUUCUGCUGCUGUGUGAUUCACCACAAAAGACCGAUCACAAACAUCUGUUUUUGUUUUGAUUUCAUUUCCAGGUGCAGGCCAUCGAUUACUCAGGUGAAGUUGUCAAAGUUACCUCCUCGAACGGGUCUCAGUGGACGGCACACAAGGUAAAAAAAACCUGUUUGAUCUUUCAGUCAUUUUAUCUUUUAUCAUUUAAUGUUUAAAGAAGUUAUUUUAGAGAAGAGGAAGAUGAAAAAUACUAAAAUCUGUUUGAAACAUUUAAUGCAGCAGUAUCGAUUGUUUUGUACGGAAGAGGAUUAGGGCCACUGGAAACAAAAAAAAAAGGGUUUAGUAUAUAUUUAUUAUUAUUGUGAGAUUAAAGUCUGAGUUCAGCCUUUUUCUCAGAAUAAUAAAAAUAUAAAUUGGACCUUUUUCAUUUUCCCCCCAGUGGCCCUAAUCCUCCUCCGUAGUUUUUAAAAUAAGGUCGUUUAAGAAUGUACCACAGUUGAUCAUACAUGCUUGUACUCAGGAUGCGCUCUUUACUGUUAAUCAUUACAUGAUAAUAUUUUUUUAUUGCUCACCUCCUUCAGGUUCUCGUCACAGCCCCGCUGACUUUACUACAAAAGAACGUGAUCCAGUUUAACCCUCCGCUUCCUGAGCGAAAACUAAAAGCCAUCCACAGCCUGGGGGCCGGCAUCAUCGAGAAGGUUCACACUGUUUGAUGUGUUUUUUUGUGAAUAUGUUCAGCCUGACAGGUAGAUGUUUAUACACUGAAAUGUUAUUUUGAACUCUCUGCAGAUCGCUCUUCAGUUCCCGUACAGAUUCUGGGACAAAAAAAUCCAGGGUGCGGACUACUUUGGUCACAUCCCACCAGUUCCUGAAAAGAGAGGCAUGUUCAGUGUCUUCUACGACAUGCAUCCACAGGUUUGUUUUUGUUUUGUUUGACCCACACUAACUACACACAUUCAUAAUGGAUGCAGCUGGUUUAUUUGCGUGUGUCUGUGUGUGUCGAUGUGUUUUAAAGGGGAAGCAGGCUGUCCUCAUGUCUGUGAUCACUGGUGAUGCUGUUUCUGUUGUGAGGGACAUGGAGGACAAGGAGGUGGUAGAUGAGUGUGUAAAAGUCCUACGAGAACUCUUCAAAGAGCAGGUACUGAACUUAUUUUUCAACCCUGUGACAUUCUGGUUCAGCUUAAAGUUCAUUCUAGAUGGAAAAACUCUCGGACCAACAAUUAAAACAGUUAAAAAGACUUAACUUCAUGAACAUUUGUAACUUCUUCCUUUGUUUGUUCCUCACUCCUGCUGAUGAUCCUUUCGAUGUGACAUCCUGACAGGAAGUCCCAGAGCCGCUGCACUACUUUGUCACACAUUGGAGCAAAGACACGUGGUCCCAGAUGUCCUACAGCUUUGUGAAGACAGGAGGAAGUGGAGAAGCGUAUGACAUCCUCGCUGAAGACGUGCAGGGAAAAGUCUUCUUUGCUGGCGAGGUAAAGAGUCACUUUUUAGGGAAUCUCUUGAAUAACUGAUCAUCUGUAAUACGGUCAUAUUUAUAUUUUCUUGAUUUCCAUUUAGGUUUCUUAAAUGAAGCUUUAAAAAACACAUAAUUUUAGGAUUAUUUUUGCACUUUUUCUUAAUUUCUCAUCUCUGUUUCUGUUUCUAGGCCACCAACAGACAUUUCCCUCAGACUGUGACGGGAGCUUACCUGAGUGGGGUCAGAGAAGCCAGCAAAAUGGCCGCCAUGUAAACUUGGUCAGCUCUGGAGAACUCAAAAAACACACCAGCAUGGACACACGGGUUUCACUUGAGACAGACCGUUGAGAACUUUGACUACUUCUCUGGUUUUCUGAACUUGGAAUCAUGUUUCACUGUAUUUGUCUGUUCAGAAAGACGCUCUUUUUCACUUUUUCAUAGAAGGGGCGAGAAGGAGUCUCCAAGUCCUUCCACAUAUUUAACACUAGAGAAGAGAAAGUGUUUUUAUUUAUAUAAAAAUACAACUGGUGAACUGUUUCUAGACGAAAACUGUUGUUAUCACGGCAGAAACGAGGAGUAAAGGUGGAUCAUGCCACCUAAAUGUGAGGGGAAUGAGGUUUUAUGUAAAACCUCUCUCAUCAAAUGGUCAGAAAAUUUCAUUUUUUUGGUGCUUGAAACUUUGGUAAACUCACAAUUUCUAAUCAUGAGCGAACCGAUAUGUCACAGGAUCAAGUUUCAGGAGACUUUGAGGGUCACCUACCAAUGUUUCAUAGCAGUGAGGACGAGUUUGUGUUGUGUUAUUUGUGAAUCAUGUGUUGGUAAAGGUGAUGAUGAUGAUAAAUGGAACAGUUAGGUUUAAGAUAGAAGUAUUUCUGUGAUAGCACUUUUGAUUUCUAUAACAAAAGAGAAAAUGAAUAGUUAAUGAGUUUGAAAAGUUUAAUUCUUAGUAGGUCUGAAUACCGUAAGACUCAGAGUCGCCCCCGUUCUGUCUCAGGGAUGUGAUCGAAACACUCAGCAGAAAAUCAUGAUUGAGAAAUACUCUAAAAAAAUGACACAACCAACCAUAUUAGCUUGUAUUAGUCCCUGAACAAUGAAGUCCCUGAGGUUUGAGUCAGGGAACAGCACAACAAUGCCCUCUCUUUGUUUGAUUAAAGUCGACUAAUGAAGCUUUACAUAUCUCUGUCUGGAUCAGCACAUCUCCAUGAUCAUGUCUUUGUCUGAUGUUACAGUGCUUGAAUAUUUAUCUUGUAUGUGUCGAAUAAACAGAGCUGCAGACUGCCGUACUUCAAGCACAGUUGACUCAUAUUUUUAAUCAUCUCUUCCAUUACAGUUUACUGUUGUAGGGUCCAAAUAUCCUGUGGGGUCCUGAGAUGAGGAAAAACUUCACAAGAUGAACCUGGAACUUGUGGCUGACCUUUUAACACAUUUUUAUCAUCCUCGCUUUAGACUAAAUUAUCACUUUCAGGUUAUUGUCACAAUAAUAAAUGGCUUUUGAGUGUUA